AUGACAUGGGAUAUUGAACUGCAUAAUAAUAAAAUAAAAAGAAUACGGAAUGGCGCUUUCAAAGACCUGAAACUUGAAAUGCUUCUUAUAUUUGCCAAUGAGAUUGAAGUUGUUGAGGAGGACGCUUUCAGUGGAAGUGAGGACACUCUGUAUGUCCUCCAUCUGUAUAAUAAUAAACUGACUAGUGUUCCAUCUGCUGCUGGUAAAAUGAGGAAGCUUAUGGGUUUAGAUAUCCAUAAUAAUCCUAUAUCUACAAUCAGGGAAGAUGUUCUUAGAAGCGUUUCAAGCACAUUGUCCGGAAUUAUGUUUGGUGAUACAAAAAUGACCUCGUGGCCAAAUUCUUUAAACGUUUUGUCAAACCUGGAUUCAAUAACGAUUGAAAAUUUAAACAUCGCACGAAUUCCAGAAGAUGCAUUAACUAAUUUUCGCAACCUGAGUAGUUUUGAGAUGAUUUCAACGAAUGUCAGUAACAUUCCAACUUCUCUUGGUGAUCGCUCAUUGUUGGAAGAUAUAAAUUUAAUAGAUAAUCCAAUGCUUACAACUGAAAGCUUUGAACCUAAGACAUUUAUCAAACUUCCUACCCUUAUGCGAAUGACGAUUAUGCAUAGUAGUAUAACUAUUUUGCCGAACAUCUUUCGUAAACUUAAUAAUUUGUUUAUGUUGCAGCUAGAGAACAAUCCUAUUACAUCAAUUCCGGAUAACGUGUUUAAUCUGAAUUUCUCCUCUAGUUUUUGGUUUAUGACACUAAAGAACACAUCUUUGGCCAGUGUUCCAAAGGCUUUAUCAAACCUAACUAGUCUCACUCGACUUGAUUUUAUGACAAGCUUAAUAACGGAAAUUCAAGAUACCGAUUUCAGUAAAAUGGAUAAACUAGAGAGAAUGUAUUUCACAAACAGUCCAUUGCAUACCGUAUCCGACAAUGCUUUUCAUGGACUUAAGUCAUUGAAGUAUCUAACUCUGGAUAAUACACAUCUUACUGCCGUACCGAAAGCAACGAUGAAUCUACCAUCACUUUCAGAGCUAAGUUUAUCAAAUACCAAAGUUGUUUGUACAUGUACCAAUCUAGGAUGGAUUAAACAAUGGCCUAGGCACAGUGAAGUGGAGAUAUACGGAAGUUGUUACAACAUUAGGAUGACGAUUGCAUUAUAUGUUUAUAAAGAGCUGCCAAAGUGUUAA